AUGUCUACCACCAACACCAGCACCUUCAUCCUGGCACAAUCAACCAACAACACCCAGCUGGUCAUCACCACUGAAAAUGCCAAGCAGAUGGUUGAGGAGGCUGCCAGGGUUACAAUGCAGGGAAUGGUCCACAUGGUUGUUGAACAUCUACCCCCAGCAUUCGAGAUCCCUCUGCAUCUUAUUGCUAUCGAUAUGCACAUGCCUAAGUCUCACCCAUAUUACAAGGUCAUAGAGGAGCUUACCAGGCCUUUGUCAAGGGCCAAGCACCAGGCACAGCCAGUGGAUAAGGGGAAGGGGAAAGAGUUGGGUACAGAUGAGGCUCAAGGGAUUUGGCUUCCAGCCCCUCAGAUCCCUAAGGAACACUCACCAUAUUUUCAGGCGCACUGCUUCCACUUGUCACAAGUCGACGUUGCUGCCACCGAUAGUGCUGUUCACCUCACCAUUUCAUUUGCCAGCCCUACCACUAGCUUCCUCAACCUCAACACUUGCCACGAAGUCCUCGCUUCUGCCCAUCACCUCAACCAUUCCCCAAAGGCAAUCUUUAUGUUUUGUGUGUCCUGGGCUUCGAUCAGCGUGUUUUGCGGCACGUGCACGUCGUUUCCAUCAAUGUUAACAUGUUUCUGUCCUUCGGGAUACUUGGCCAUUUCAAUUUCGAGCUCUAAAGUUUUCAGGUUGUUCCCAUUGCUCUGCACGUCCAUCCGUGCAGUUGACACAUCCGCAUGUUUCCCCAAGCCAUCCACUUCGCCAGCUCUUUGUGCCAAUGACCAUUUUUGCAUCGAUUUGAGCACACUGUGCCUGCGCCUUUGUGGGUCACUCGCAACGCUCCGCACGCGCGCGCACGUGUUCCAUGCAUCUGUUCGGUUUUCGAGCCUUUCUGGCUCCCCUAUGCGUGAUACUGCGCCUCUGGCAGGUACAUCGGGGGUUGCUAACGAGUUUGCAGCUGUUCACAAGUCAUUCGCAACGCUCUGCGCAUGUGUGCACGCAUCCAAUGCGCCCGUUUGACUUCCCAGCCUUUCUGGCUCGCCCACACGCAGUUUUGCACCUCUGGCAGGUAACCCCAGGGCUUCUGACACUUUGCAGAUUCACAUCACUGUGCGGGUAUAUGCAUGCGGUUAGUAACCUGGCCCCUCCACCAUCUCCCUGCUCUACGACACUGUCGAGUGCGCUCACAGAUGCCCACUUGCUGGCUGCCCUCUACCACGAUGGUUGCGGCAUUGGGAGUCGAAACCAUAGAUUCAUUUCUGCCUGCCAAGGUGCUAACCAUAUCCUUUCGUUACCUGUUGUGAAGGGGUAAGCUACUUGGUUACAAUACUCAUUGGAUUCUGCAAGGUCAUCUGGAAUAACAAUGUCAUAUGCUCACUGUGCUCGUCCUCCAACAACUGACACAGAAUUUGUUUGGAAUUAACCAUUUAAUAUGCAGGGAAUUGCUCGUACAGU